CUGCUAACAUACGAUCAUUUUCAUUGUUUUAAUUCCGCUCCCUAUUUAAUCAAUAGAACUAACUACUUCCGAUCCCUUCAGCUGUUAUUUCUUGAUGGAGAAGAGGCAUUCAAGAAUUGGAGUAAGCGAGAUUCGCUGUAUGGAUCUCGCAAACUGUGUGAGGAAUUGGAAGCACAUCCUUAUCCGGCGUAUGGCCAUCCUUCCGUUACCGAAUUACAUCGAAUUGAUGCUUUCGUCCUUUUGGAUUUACUUGGUGCCCCAAAUUGUUACAUAUAUAAUUAUGAAGUGAAUGACAAGAAAGUAUAUAAAUAUUUUCCUGACACUGAAGAAAAACUAAGGAAGAUCAAAAGUUGUUUGCCCUUAAAUCGUCAGAUCUUUAAGCGAGAUAUGCUUUUCGGUUAUGCAGUAGAAGAUGAUCAUCUUCCAUUCUUUGAACGAGGUGUGAAAAUUGUUCAUCUGAUUCCUGCGCACUUUCCAUCCGUUUGGCACACGUUAAACGACACGGCGAGUUCUCUUUACUGGCCUGUGAUUGAUCAGUUGGCGGUUAUUUUAAGGGUAUUUACAGCACGUUAUCUAAAACUUAAAAUUUGA